GGUAAAUUGUAGGAUAAAUUUUCACUAAAUACGGAACUGGAGGUUUUCCAACGCAUGAAUGGAUGAGUUAAUCAAGAUGAAAUGAAAUGAAAUGUUUGAAAAUUUCAUUGCCGGCGGAGAAGUUGAUAAAUAUAAACUAAUUAGAAAGUCUCUCGGGGUGUUUUUGAGUUUUGACUAAUAUCCAGUGCAUAAUUUGUUUCCAGGGAGUUCCAGCCCCCCAUCACGUCUGCCUCCCCAGGCGGCGAUCGAUUCGAGGCUGGUCCCGGAAUCUGAAUUUGUUUUAUUGAUUUUGAUUGUGGUGGCCAUUUUCCGGCUUUGAUCGAAGGGGAACUUUUGAUUUCGGUAUUUUAGAAACAAUGAUGGGUGUUAUAUCAAGAGACGUUGUGCCGGCGUGUGGGAAUCUAUGUUAUUUAUGUCCUGCAAUGAGGCCAAGGUCUCGACAACCUCUUAAGCGAUACAAGAAAUUGCUUGCUGAUAUUUUCCCACAUUCUCCGAAUGAAGAACCCAAUGACAGGAAGAUUGGCAAGUUGUGUGAGUACGCUAUGAAAAAUCCUUUACGUAUUCCAAAGAUAACAAGUUCUCUUGAGCAAAGGUGCUACAAGGAAUUGAGGACAGAACAGUUUCGAACCGUAAAAGUGGUCAUGUGUGUGUAUAGAAAAUUGCUGAUUUCUUGUAAGGAGCAAAUGCCGUUGUUUGCAAGUAGCUUAUUAACUGUCAUACAGACUCUGCUGGACCAAACUCGUCAGGAUGAAAUGCUGGUUAUAGGGUGCCAGACUCUUUUUGAUUUUGUAAACAGCCAGACAGAUGGUACGUACAUGUUCAACUUAGAAGGCUUGAUUCCGAAAGUCUGUCAGCUUGCUCAAGAAGUGGGGGAGGAUGAGAGAGCUCUACAGAUACGUGCAGCUGCACUCCAAGCCCUUUCUUCCCUGGUUUGGUUCAUGGGUGAACAUUCUCACAUUUCGUCUGAAUUUGAUUCUGUUGUCUCAGUGGUCUUGGACAACUAUGGUGGCAACACUAAGAAAACAUCUGAGAAUAAUGACCAGGACAAGCCAGGUAGCCAUAGUCAUUGGGUCCAAGAGGUGCUUAAAUCCGAAGGCCAUAUCUCUCCUCCACCAGAAAUCAUGGAAAGGGUUAGUUCUUGGAAGAAGCUAGUGGACGAGAAAGGUCAAAUGCAUGUGUCUUUAGAAGACUCCAAAAACCCUGGUUUUUGGUCUAGAGUUUGCCUACAAAACAUGGUUAAGCUAGCAAAGGAAGCUACUACUGUACGUCGUGUGUUAGAGUCUCUGUUUCGCUAUUUUGAUGAUGGCAAUACAUGGUCUCCUCAACAUGGGCUUACUCUCUCUGUCUUGCUGGAAAUGCAAUUACUAAUGGAAAACUCUGGUCAGAACACACAUCUUCUGUUAUCUAUUUUAAUUAAGCACCUUGAUCACAAGAAUGUCAUAAAACAACCGGACAUGCAGCUGGACAUUUUAGAUGUUACAACAUGCCUUGCUAGGUACUCAAGAGUUCAGGCCUCUAUGUCAAUAAUUGGUACUCUAUCUGACUUAAUGAGGCAUUUGCGGAAAAGUAUGCACUGCUCACUUGAUGAUUCAAACUUAGGAGCUGAUUUAACACAGUGGAACAGAAAGCUACAAGAAGCAGUUGACAAGUGCCUUGUUCAGAUAGUGAAUAAGGUUGGAGAUGCUGGCCCCGUUCUUGACACGAUGGUGGUGAUGCUGGAAAAUAUUUCUAGCAAUACAGUUCUAGCCCGAACUACAGUUUCAGCAGUUUAUCGUACGGCUCAAAUUGUAGCAUCUGUACCAAAUCUAUCAUAUCAACAAAAGGCAUUUCCGGAAGCUUUGUUUCACCAUUUACUUGUGGCUAUGGUCCAUGUAGACCAUCAAACAAGGGUUGAAGCUCACCGUAUCUUUUCUGUUGUUCUGGUGCCAUCUUCUAUUUGCCCAAAACCUUCCUCAACUGCCGCACCAGAUUAUUUUGAUCAUAGGAGAACUCUGUCAAGAAUUGUAUCUGUUUUUUCUUCUUCAGCUGCUCUUUUUGAGAAGCUAAGAAAGGUAAAAUGUGAAACUUCUAGUGCUUUAACUACAGAAGAUGUGCAACAAAAUAGCAAUGGCGAGCAGCUUGUGAGCAGUUCACAGGCACCUGACAGCAGAGUUUAUAGUAGAAAUGUUUCACGCUUAGCUUCUUCCAAAGAUGGAAAAUCUUCAGGGUCAUCUUCCCCUACGGAAGAAUUACAUUCUAAUGAUCAGACAUCCCUUAGAUUGAGCAGUCGUCAGAUUACUCUUCUGCUAUCCUCAAUUUGGGCACAAUCAAUAUCUCCUGAAAACAAACCUGAAAACUAUGAAGCUAUUGCUCAUACAUAUAGCCUAGUUCUAUUAUUUUCUCGAGGCAAGAACUCUAGCAAUGAGGUUGUAGUUAAAAGUUUUCAGCUUGCAUUUUCCUUGAGGAGCAUUUCUCUCGGAGGAGGUCAACUACAACCAUCGCGUCGUAGAUCACUCUUUACUUUGGCAAUGUCAAUGAUCAUCUUUAUGUCAAAAGCCUACCAGAUUAUUCCGCUUGUUGCUCGUACUAAGGCUUUACUUACAGAUAAGACUGUUGAUCCAUUUCUACAAUUAGUCCAGGAUUCCAGAUUACAGGCUAUUGGAAAUGGAUCGGAUUUUCCGUCAAAAGUUUAUGGAUCUAAAGAAGAUGAUGCUACUUCUUUGAAGGUUCUUUCGGAGAUAGAGAUCACAGAUAAUCAGACUAAAGAAUCUCUGGCUUCAAUGGUUUUGAAGGGCAUGGGAAAUUUGUCGGAUGCAGAGACGUCCACCAUAAGAGAGCAGUUGCUAAACGAAUUCCUGCCGGAUGAUGAAUGUCCUUUGGGGGCUCAGUUCACAUCAGGAACCAGAUUUUUGAAUGAGCAGGGUGCGCAUGCGACUUUUACUAUCGGUGAUGAUGAUGACGAGGAUGAAGAUGGCCAUGAGACAUCUGAAAGUAAAACAGAUGCAUCUUCAUUUGUUGGAAUGCAGUCUCCUAACCUUCUAAGUGUCAAUCAACUAUUAGAUUCGGUUUAUGAGACUUCAUAUCAAGUUGGAAGAUUUUCGGUGACCACCACACCUGACAUUCCUUAUAAGGACAUGGCUCUUCACUGUGAGACCCUUCUUAUGGGAAAGCAGCAAAAGAUGUCUUUUUUCAUGACCGCUCAGCAAAAACAGGAGAAUUCGAUGGAGGAGUCUUUGCAUGAUAAUUCUAACAAGCCAGCUACUUUACCAUCCGAUCCUGGAUUCCCUACGAACUCCAGUUCUUCCAUUGCCGUUGACAGGAAUUCAAAUGCCAGACACGCCAAGCCCCCUAUUGGUACUGGUCCAUUGCCGUGCGCAGCUGCAUAUCAACAUCAUCCUGACUACUUAAAGCUUCCAGCAUCGAGUCCGUAUGAUAACUUCUUGAAAGCUGCAGGGUGUUAAUUAUUAAGUGCCUGCUAUUUCGGUGAAAUAAAUAUGUCUUAAUAUGAGUAGGUUACACAUACACGGGGGUACAGGGAGAGAGUAGGCUGUUAUCUGAACAUAAUAAAGUUAAAAAAAGGUUUUUAAAGUUCUUGGUGUACAGGUGGUUGUGCUGAUCAACUGGAGAAGAAGAGCAGUAUCAGCUUGUUUUAGGGAAUUAGAUAGAAAAAGCAUUUGUGUAUUUUUUUUCUUUUUAUAGUUUUGCGUUUCAUUAUCUUUCUUGUGAAUGGUUGUAACAUAUAAAAGUGAUUCUUUUGUAUUCUUGAUUGCUUCUUCACCAUGGAAGAUGGCUCAACAUUUCAGCAAGUUUAUGCAAAUAUUUUGUCAGCCAUCAUCAAUCACUUUGGACUUCGCUUCUUAA